UUAUUUCGGUGCCAGUCUAAAGAAAUCGUCCAGCAUUCACACUUCUCCGUCUGCUUUGAUCACACUGAAGCGAAGCAGGAUAUAAAAAGGCACACGAAAACCAAGAAGCUCAGAAAACAGAACCACAAACGGGGAAAUGUCUGCUAUUCACGCGAAACUGCCUGCUAGAAAUUCGGCUAUACAGUUCCAGAUGUUUUCGGAGGGGAAUCCAGACAGACGGAGCAACAUGCAACAAACCGAAUUCAGUGCCGUGGCCAAUGGGACAAAUUACUACAACACAGCGAACUCGGCAUGUCCGAGCAUGGCACUGCUAACUCAUAGGAGAAAGAGGACCAACUUUACCCAGCAGCAAAUUGAGGUCCUGGAAAAGGUGUACUCUGAUACCAUGUAUCCGGACAUUUACCUACGCGAAAAGCUGGAAGCGCUAACUGGCCUCCCGGAAUCUAGAAUACAGGUCUGGUUCCAAAACAGGCGGGCAAAAUCCCGGCGUCAGUCUGGGCCUCCGUCAAUGAAACCGAGUCAUACUGCAAGUCCAAUCACCCCGUUCUCGCAGCUUCAGAACCGAAUGCCUAUAGAAAUACAAAGAAUGGCCAACUUCGCCUUGGGAAACGACUACAGAUCACAGCUUAACAACACGACGGAGGAUAUCCACGGGAAAACAAAAACACUCAAGAAACACGGGGACUAUGCACAUCCGUCCGUCCCCAGCACUUUUGAUGCAAUCAAUGACGGAAAGAUUCGUCACCUGGACGAUCACACGAACAUCACAGGACCCAGCAGCGGCAGAGUUCGACAUUACCAAAGUGAGGGGGAUUUUACGAAGUCACUCUCCCAAAGUAACGUCAGCAAAGCACUGAAGCACAUUCUUGUGGAAUAUGACAACUUCCCACCAAACAAAACGAUCGGACCAGAGAUGAAAGUGGUGAUUCCUCCUAUACCUUCACCGACUAAUUUCAGAAGAUCCUCACCCAAACAAGUGUUAGUAUGUCCCGUUCAACAUAUUCAAGUAAAGAGCAAGCAUGAGCGUUUCGGUCAUUUCUCUCCAAUCCGAGGCACCGAACCAAGAGAGAAAUUUUCUGAUUCGGAUUCCGACUGGGAAAAUGGAGUCAUCUCAGGAUUUAGCGAUUUCUUGUAACGUUGUGAUGAUACACAUUUUGGGCGGUUUAUAUAUUUUCCAAGUUUACA